CGUGAAGAACCCCGCUUCCACGCAUGCGUGCCAUAUCGCUACACGCAUUCGAACUCGUCAUCGCUGGAGGAAGGACGUUCCUCCAAAUCGGCAGGGGAACCUGCAACAGAUCUUUGGUGCUUCUAACAUUUUGGAGUGGAAUAAUGGCAGACAGUGAGAGUGAUUUCCAAACAGUUAGGCUAUUCAAUUACAAAGGAUGCAAGAUGUCCGGCAUUCACACCAUUCAACGUUUGGAUCAGAUGGAAAAUUACGAGGUGCGAGAUUCUGACGUAUUCGUGGUAACAUAUCCUAAAUCUGGAACAAUAUGGAUGCAGACAAUUUUGAUGUAUAUUUUUAUGGAUGACGAUUUGCAAACAGGAGAAACCAAAGCAUCUUUUUUCAAAGCACCAUGGCUUGAGCUAUCAAUAAAAGAAAUUAAUACUGAUGACCGUCCACCACCUCGCUUGUUUGUUACUCAUUUGCCUUAUCAACUCAUCCCAAAAGCUUUGAAGAACAAAAAGGCCAAGGGCUCUUCUGCUGCAGAUCACAUCAAGGAGCAGACAUCAGCCACUGACUGGAAUAAACUGCAGACUGUUAUUCAGGCUGACAACAACUUUAACUUCUGCAAUUAUCACAGCAAUGAAGGAGAAAAGUCUAUCCUGGCCUGGAUCUCACAGGGAGCAAAUGAAGGGAGGGAGAAAAAUACUGGGGUUAUCUAUGUAUACAGAAAUCCCAAGGAUGUUGCAGUUUCUUAUUAUCAUUUUCACAAGUUUGCUAAUUAUCUAGAAACCCCAGAAAACUUUGGUGCCUUUCUUCAGGCAUUUCUCGAAGGCCAAGUGGAUUACGACAGCUGGUUUAACCAUGUCAAAAACUGGUACAAUCACAGAGAAGAAUUUAACAUUAUAUUCCAGUCUUAUGAAGAAAUGAUCGAGGACCUGAAAAUGGCAGUACUGAAAUUCUGCAAAUUUCUUGGAAAACCUGUGGAUGACAAAAGUGUUGACGCAAUCGUAGAACACUCCACCUUUAAGAACAUGAAAUUAAAUCCAAAAACAAAUUAUGAAACUGCAGGAUUUCCUCUCUUCAACCCAUCACUUCCAGGUUUCAUGAGGCGAGGGAUAAUAGGAGACUGGAAAAACUAUUUCACUGUGGCCCAAAAUGAUAUGUUCAAUAACAUAUUCCAGGAGAAAAUGAAUGCCAUUCCUCUAAAGUUCAUCUUUGAAAAUGUUGAAUAAUGGUUUAUUUUAACAACACUGAAUGCUGGAUGUUGGUCAAAAUGUUUCCAGGCAACUAAAAAAAUUGCAUAGUAACUCUGCAAUCAUUUUAAUUGUUAAGUCGUAUUCCUAUUUCAUUGUUUGUCCUUAAUUUACCCAGAGAAAUGUUAUCAGUACAUAUGUAAUCCUUUCCUGCUAGUGACUAGUUUUAUAAUGUGACGCUUUAUUUCAUUUACCUACCAAACCUUUAAAAGUGGUGUUGAUUUAGUCAAAAACUUUAUAAUAAAUGCAUCAUCUGUA